CUUGCUCAUCGAUUAUUAUUCGGAAUUAACGAAACGUCAACAACAGCUGUUUUUGCACUCACAUUUUGCGCCCAUUUUCAGCCUUGUUUUGUUUGUAACAUCAUCAGCUUGUUCUUGUGUGGUGGAAUAAGCAGUGUUUGAACAGCAAUUGUAUUUGUAUGUAAAAUUUAUAGUUUUAUAAUAUUUAGUACCUUUUGAAGUUGUUUCGAGCGCCCAGUCAUCUAAAAUGGAAGUUAUGAGCUCUCCUCCAAUCUAUCAUACCAGCAGCGCUCAGAAGAUGCGCUCCAAAAAUGCGGCCCAUCGUUUCAAAUAUGGUUCCCCGAAGCUGGUAGAAAUGAUGCGAGAGAAAUGUCGUCUUAGAAUCAAGGAAGCACGCAAUGAACAGAUUUUCCGGAAGCGCAACAUAGUGCAAGAGGAGAAAGCCUUGCUGGAGUCGAUUGUCCGCCAGGAGUUAUCUGAGCUUGAGAAAGACAUCGAAUUGCAGGAACUUAUCUUCCAGGAGUUGAUAUCGGAAACGAAUGAGUGGCUUUUCGAGGAGUAUGAGAAAUCGGAAACUUACAUGAUUAAUGGAUUCGACCAGGAAGCUAUAUUCUGUCCUGUUUGCCAGAAGAAUGAGAUUGGAAAAUUGGAAGCAGGUCUUCUCCAGUGUCUAUGUGGAAUUAAGAUUAGAUUUUCAGGAAGCAUUGAACAAUUUGCAAUCAACCUAAAGAAUACAAUUGCAGAGCAUGAAAUUCGAUGUGCAGCCAAGAUGCAAUUUUUCCUAGAACCUGUAUUAGGUUCUGACGCUGGCCAGUUGAAUGCAUAUUGUCCAGUAUGUGACUACUGCAAAAUGUUUACCGAUUAACUCAGGAAUGUUAUUCCUAUGUUUUGUUAUCUACUUUUGAUUAUAUUAUUUUGCCUUGAUCUAUAAUUUUUUUUUGAAUAAACGACGAUUUUGAUUGAAGCAUAUUCAACUAUAAGGUAGUUUUGUUAUUUUAGUGAAUAAAAAGUUGAAUGCAUCAACAAGUCUUAUUUGUAAAGCGUUUUUAUUCCACCAGAAAAUUCAUCGCCAUUUUCGCUUCACAGAAUGGUAUUAAAGAAUGCAUCAUUGUGCUAAUUUCAAAACCGAUCGGAUCCCGGAAUAGGGUGAAUGCCACGCUGGAUUUGAUAAUGUUAUAAUUUCUUGUUUAGUUGAAUAAAACACGUCUUGGUUGAACAAAUGAACAA